AUGGUGCAGAGCGGCUCCCUAGACCCGUCCAAUGCCCGAUGUGAGGUCGCCGGUGCGACUUCAUAUUCACCGGGCAUGUGUCCCGGCCACAUGACAUCAGUGACGGUCAGUGUGAACGGCGACGAGUAUGUCGAUAUUUGCUGUGAAAGUGGCUUUUCAUGGGAUCGCACCGGCUGCCUUUCGAUUUUCAUCGAGGCGCGCAGCAUCCUUCUAGCCCCAGAAAUCACCACGGCCGAUACUUGGUCACAAAUUGUAGGCGGGCUGGCCUCUCAUACUCCUAUGCUGGCGGCAUGGCACACCACAGACUUGGGAUUGUUUCCGAGCGAUGUACAAGCGCAACGUCGAGCAUUCAUUGCAGGCUCUACGGCUACGAGCACACCUACAGCAACAUUCACAGGCGCCAGACAGACAAGCAACUCGAUCACGGAUCCAGCUCCGCCGUCGACAUCGGGAGAUGUACGAGGCGCUGCUUCGGAACAAAGUUUAAGCCCGGCAGCCAAGAUCGGUAUAGGAGUCGGCGCAGCAAUUUCAGGUAUUGCAGUGCUGGCUUAUGUAUCUGCCUGCCUUUGGAAGAGACGUCAACGCUGGCGGCUGCCGCACCAAAGGGCCGAGGAGUUGGACUCCAAUAACACGACCACUUGGAAGUUGUGGCUGGGCCAUGCUUGGAGGGCAGAAUCUGGAGGCGACCCACGUGCCGAACUGAGCAGCGAGCCGCAGAUGGAGCUGGACGGCCAGCCACGGGCUGAGCUGCAAGGGUCGCCGGUAUAUUACCGUGGCCAAAUACCCGAAAAGGAGAAAGUAUGA